UUUUUUUUUUUAACUUGUGGUAGAAGUGCGGAUGUGAGUCGCAUACUGAUACGGAACAGGCCGCCAGUUUUCUUGCAACAGCAAUGCGUGCUUAGGCAAUGAUCGUUGGGGAGCGAUGAAUCCAGAGGAGCAAACCGUAACGUGGUUAAUAUCACUGGGAGUGCUCAGCUCGCCGAAAAAGAAUAUAGCGGACCCGGAGGACUUUCUGAAAACAUCGCUGAAGGAUGGGGUCGUCCUGUGCAAGCUCGCCGAGCGGCUCAUACCUGGCUUCACACCCAAGUACUGCCAGGAUCCGAGGACCGAAGCCGACUGCGUUUCCAAUAUCAAGGAGUUUUUGAGAGGAUGCUCGUCUUUGAAAGUGGAGGGAUUUGAACCGGAGUGGUUAUACACUGGGGACAAUUUUGGCAAAGUACUCACCACUUUGCUGGCUUUCAACUUCGCCACACAAGACUGUGCAGCGGAGAGGUCAUGUUCACAGUCCAGUGCCUCCUCUCCUAGUCAGUCAACGUCGUCACACACCCUCUCCUCUGCCAAAUCCAAAGGCUCACUGCGUAGACAAUCCAAAUCACUGGAGAUGUCUGAGAACGGUGGCGGCGGCGGGCAGCCGAUGGUGAAGGCUCGCUUCAACUUCAAGCAGAACAACGAGGACGAGCUGUCGUUCAAUAAAGGCGAUAUGAUCCUUGUGACGCGGCAGGAGGAGGGAGGAUGGUGGGAGGGCACGCUCAAUGGCAAGACGGGCUGGUUUCCCAGCAACUACGUACGGGAGAUCAAACCCUGUGAAAAGCCCGUGUCUCCCAAAGGAACUCAGCUGACCAAGAACUACUACAGCGUGGUGGUGCAAGACAUCGUGGAACAUGAGCGAGAGUUUGUCAAAGAAUUACAAACCCUGCUGAGUUGUUACCUACGACCGUUGCAGGCCAGCGACAGUAGUAAGAAGCUGACUAGUGCGGACAGCGCCACCCUGUGUGGAAACCUGGAGGAGAUACUCACCUUCCAGCAGGGACUAUGUGCGUCUUUGGAGGAUUGUACCAAAGUUCCUGAGGGCCAGCAGCGAGUGGCUGGCUGCUAUUUAAACCUGAUGUGUCAGAUCAAGACUCUGUACUUGGCUUACUGUUCCAGUCACCCCUCAGCUGUGUGCAUCCUCACUGACCACAGUGAUGAACUAGACAAAUUCAUGGAGAGCCAGGGAGCAAGUGCUCCGGGGAUCCUGACCCUGACCUCCAGUCUGAGCAAGCCCUUCAUGAGGCUCGACAAGUAUCCCACCCUACUGCAGGAGCUCGAGCGGCAUGUGGAGGAAGCCCACCCCGACUACACCGACAUUGUGAAGGCAACUGCAGUUUUUCGGAGCCUAGUGACACAGUGCCAAGAACUGAGGAAGCGCAAGAACCUGGAGAUCCAGAUCUUGUCGGAACCUGUGCGGGGCUGGGAGGGGGACAGUAUGAAGAGCCUGGGUCAUGUAGCCUACAUGUCCCAGGUCCACUUGAAAAAUGGGUCCAGUGAGGAAAAAGAGGAGCGUUAUUUAAUGCUUUUCCCCAGUGUGUUGGUAAUGCUCUCCGCCAGUCCCCGGAUGAGUGGCUUCAUUUAUCAGGGAAGACUGUCACUGACGGGCACAACAGUAACAAGACACGUCGACGAUGCCGACAGUGCCCACUAUGCCUUUGACAUCACAGGAGGCAUUGAGCGCGUCACAGUGCUGUGCAGUAGUUCACAGGAUUUGCAAGAGUGGCUGGAGCACCUUCAGCCCUUCACCAAAGGAGGAAGCCCAGCAGGCACCAUUUCAAAGACUGUAGAAGGAAAGCCGCUGAGCAUGCUCGGCACCUCCACUCACCUGUCCCACCUCGGCAGCAUCAGCCGCGGCCCCUUGGAGCCGCCAAAGACCAGCAAGCCCUGGUCUCUCAGCUGCCUCCGUCCUGCACCCCCCCUCAAACCCUCGGCGGCGCUGGGCUACAAAGAGAGGAUGUCUUAUAUCAUGAAGGACUCCAGCAAGAGUCCGCGGCCCAUGAAGAAGUUCCUGCCCGGCAACAGGAAGAAAGAACGGAAGCCCUCUGAUGACGAAGUUCACAUAAGGAAAAGCACGGCUGCUCUGGAGGAAGAUGCUCAGAUCCUGAGAGUGAUCGAGGCGUACUGCACGGGAGCCAGUCUGCACCAGACCACCACAGCGGUGCGGAAAGAGUGUGUCCCUCAGGUGCUCCUACCAGAAGAAGAGAAGAUCAUUGUGGAGGAGAUGAGGAGUAACGGGCAGACGGUCAUUGAGGAGAAGAGCCUCGUUGAUGCUGUGUACGCGUUAAAGGAUGAAGUUCAUGAACUGAAAAAGGAGAAUAGGUGGAUGAAGCAGUUUCUAGAGGAGGAGCAGAAGUCUCGCAAAGAGCUUGAGAGGCUGGUCCGAAAAAUGGCCAAGCAGAAGAACGACUGCGCUUGGGAGGACAGCAGCCACUGAGUGUGCCCCCACAAUCAUCAGUGUGCCUGUUGCUUGUAUGGAUCCAUUUUACUGUAUGUGAGCGUGCUUGCAGAGGGACAGGGAAGUUCCAGGCGUGCUUGUAUAUGCGUGUGUACGGCCGUGUUUGCGUCUCCAUAUUUCAAUCUCGUGUUACAAGAGUCGGACUGCCCCCCCCUUUUCUUUCCGACGAUGACACUUGGAGUUUCUUGGCUUUUUAAGUGCUGGAGCUUGAUUUGAUGUCUCACAUUGAACUCUUGUCUUCCUUAUCCGGCCUCACAAGAUGAGACUACGAGUGUAUGCCUUUUUGCCUGAAGCAGCUCAUUGAAACACAGACUGGUGAAAUGGGACGUUUCAAACAUCACGGCUUGUCCGCUGCCGGCACUUGAAAACGCUUCCCAGCAAACAAAAGUCAAGUUCUCUCUCUCUCUCAGUUUAUUUUUGCUUUGGUUUGGCAGCAGAUUAUGAAAGCCAUGGAGUCCAAUAUGUAUUCUUUUGCAUGCACUUCUCUCGCCGUUACCAAGGGGAAACCAUUGUCUUCUUUUGCGCAUGUUUUGAUGUUUUGUCGUUGUCAUAUUUUAUUUUGUUUCGAGGACCCCCGCUCAGUGGGGAAAUAGGUUUAUUGUGCUUUCAUGAGUGUGUGGCCUUUUAUGUAACCUUCUUGACAGUUUACAUCACAAGUUUCCAGACUGAUCUGUCCAUCAGGUCAUCUCGUUUGUUGUUUCCCGAUGACGGAGUCUGUGUUUCUACAGAAACGCUGCAUCAGAAAUCUUCACACAUAGUCAGUCCUAAGCUAUCAGGGAUGCAGCGGCAUCGUAAAUCGGAUGAGGGUUAACUAUGUGUCAUUUAUCACACGAGUACUCAAAUCCCCCCCCCACCCCGCGCUCGUCUCACUAAAGUAUAUCCAAUUAUAAUUCUUGCCAUAUUAUUUGAGUAGCCUAGCUUUAUUUUUUUUUUGUUUUUUUUUUUGAAAGGAUAUCUGUUUUAUUUAUUGCACACCCAUUUAAUUGUGGUGCCUUUUGUAGAUACACUUUCACUGCCUUCACACCUGCUCCGAACAUUUGUUAAAACUACAGUGAUGUGUGGGGGCAGGAACAAAAAAAAUAGGAAACAUGACUGUAAUGUCGAGUCUGACUGGAGAGUUUUCUGACAGGUUUGUGCAGAGCGGAGCGAGUCGGACUGAUGACAUGGAUUGGAUUGGCGUAGAGUAGAGUGUUAUUGUUUAAGUGCCUCCCAAAGGGGUCGAGUUUAAGACCAGACUGGGGUCUCGAUGUGUGAUUUGUAUCGAAAGUGUCAGAGAUGGAUUACUGUAACGGCUCAAGCUUAACGGGUGUAUAUCAGGUAGGGGCGAGGGUAAGUGGAAAAAAAGAAAAAUAAAGGAACGGGGCUCUGCUCGGCGUUUUUAUAGAAGUGGCGUCUUUUGCAAGGACCCCCUGCGGUACAUGUCCUCAUGAGCUCGACUGUGUCCACUGUCAACACUGUUCUCUAUUUGUGCUGUGGAUGCGUUGGACGCUAACGAAAUGCAAUAAGUGACUGCUUCACUGAUCGACCUCUUUAGUCUCAGCAUGGUAGGCCACGGUUUUUUGUUUUUUUUGGAAAAAUUGCAAUAAUGAAUGAAUUAACACAGAUUAUUAUUAUUAACCAAAAAAAGAAAAAAAAAAGGCUGUGCUGUGCGGUCGUUUGUUGUGUUACCUUUCAUUUAAUCAAGUCUCUUGGUCCCAAUCUUUCAUCAUAUUAUUUCAUCACAAAUAUCACUGUGGUAAGACACAACAUGGCAGCGCGCGGUUACAUCCGUUACAGCCAGGCUAACUUGUACACUGUGCGCGCGCUCGGGCGACCACAUUCUCCGCUGCCUGUACAGACGUGUGACUGUCUCACUGCGUCUUUGCUGUCGAGAUCAAAACAAAAAAAAAAAGGCUGUUUGCUCAUUCUGUCUUUUUAAGGUUGCGUUCACAUAUCACAUACUGUAGUUUUAAAUCCCAGUGGCCUCAUUAAGCACUUACUGGUGGGGAGGGGGCUGAACACCGGAUUCAAGUGGUCUGUGUGACAUCCCGUCUCAAGACCACACUGUGUGUAUUGUUUUUGUUUUUUUCAAAGGUUCUAUGCAAUUAUUGUUGUUGCGAUUAUUGUGAUGCUUUUUUUUUUCUUUUUUUUUUUCUAGACACUCUGUACUUUGUUUGGUAUGGUCAUUCUUUUUAUUAAAAAAAAAAUAUAUAUAUAUAUA